CGCGCUACAUCCCCGAGCCGCAGCCAGCGCAGCCAGCGCCCGGCCGCCGCUCCGCGCCCCUCCGCGCCCCUCCGCGCCCCUCCGCGCCCCUCCGCGCCGCUCCCGCGGCAUGGGGCCGCGCCCCGCCGCCCGCCCCGCCGCCCUGGCGCUGCUGGCUCUCGCCGCCGCCGCCGCCUCGCUGCCGUUGCCCGACGCCGGUCCUCACGUUAACUACGGCUGGGGUGAACCGAUCCGGCUGCGGCACCUCUACACCGCCAGCAAGCACGGGCUCUUCAGCUGCUUCCUGAGGAUCGGCGGCGACGGCCGGGUGGACGCUGCCGGUAGCCAGAGCCCGCAAAGUCUGCUGGAGAUCCGCGCCGUGGCGGUGCGCACCGUGGCCAUCAAGGGCGUGCGGAGCUCCCGGUACCUCUGCAUGGACGAGGCGGGGCGGCUGCACGGGCAGCUCAGGUAUUCCACUGAGGAUUGUUCCUUUGAAGAGGAGAUUCGUCCAGACGGCUACAAUGUAUAUAAAUCAAAAAAAUAUGGAAUAUCGGUGUCUUUGAGUAGUGCCAAGCAAAGACAACAGUUCAAAGGAAAAGAUUUUCUUCCACUGUCUCACUUCUUACCGAUGAUCAACACUGUGCCCGUGGAGUCAACAGACUUUGGUGAAUAUGGUGAUUACAGCCAGGCGUUUGAACCCGAGGUGUACUCCUCGCCUCUCGAAACGGACAGCAUGGACCCCUUUGGCAUCACCUCCAAACUGUCACCGGUGAAGAGCCCCAGCUUUCAGAAAUGACUCUGAUCACACACACAUGUUUUUAAAGAAAUAUAGCAGAAUACUGCAGGGGUUUUAGCUUUUCAUGUAGUGAUAUUUUGACCUUUUUUUUGUAUAUUUCAGUACGGAGCCAGCCUUUUCCUUGCCGUGUGUUGUACCUGUAAGAGAUGAGUGCCCAGAGGCUAUUCUGUAGUCUAAAGAAUAGUUUAUCCAUAGUUUUAUUUGGAACAGGAUUAAAUAAGAAAAGCUGAAUAGCUUCAUCAGAGUUCCUCCAUUACCAUGGUGAUGAUAAAAUAAUUAUAAUUUUUCUACAUCAACUUCAUUACCACAUAUGUUCACCUGUUAUCUCUGCUCAUAGGAGCAAACACAGAACACCUUUUUUUCCAGUCACAGGGAGGUUAAUGAACUCUUAGCUUCAGAGGCCUUAAAGACAAACAUUUGGAACACAACAUGGUUAAGGAAAGCCUAGAAAACAUGGUUACGUGAACUAGCGUUAAUGCUGUUUCUUGAAAAGCUGCUGACAAUGUUCUGGGAAAACUUUCUAUUGAAAGCAUACCACUGAAAAAACAAUUCCGCUUGUACAUUGUGCUUUUUCUUCCCUCAGGAAAUAAGGGAAGAAAGGGAAUAAUUUCUUCCUUCCCUUAUUGCUAAAGGGUACUUUGGAAAACUGGAUCUUUGAUUUCUUUUAAAGGCUAAUUUAUAUUCACUGUGGGAUCAGCAUCAUCGAGCAGAGAGUUCUCAUUAACACUAGUGAGAAUUCAGUGUGUGUGGUUGGAAGAGUGCACAGAACUAGCGUUUAUGUUCAUCAGGUAGGGAAUGAGCAGUUCAAAUUAGUGUUUAAAUUAAAGUUCUGUUGUAUAUAAGCAUGCAUGUCAUUAGCAAACAGCGAGAAAGACUGAAAAUGGAUGAUGUAUAGGUCAAAUCAAUUGCAAAACAGGUUUUCGUGUUUAACCUUUAACCACCGGCAAUUCUUUCAAGUCCUUUCCAGGCUUGAUUCUGAAUCCGUGGGAAUCAGUGGAGAGACAAUUUAGUGACUUAAAUGCCACAGAACUGGGUCAGCCAUGCUGUUCUUCUUGCAGGAAGGGAUUAUGAGCACCUCGUGGCCAAAACAUGGAUGUCUCAUGUCUUCAGUUCUGUCCUCCCAUUGUAACAAUUUGAUGAAGGAAUAAGCAAGGUGAAACCAAAGAAAAAAGGGGGAAAAAAGCCUAGCAAUGUCAGAAAAGGGUUCAGGGAUUCUACUCAUUUCCAAAGGUUCAUUUAUAAUAGAGAUUUCUAUACAAAAAAAAAAGCUCUACUGGAAAUACUGGUGUUCUUCUGACCUAGCACUUCAUUGCCAAUGCAAUAUUUAUAAUUAAUUUAUUGAAUACAUACAUCUGUUUAUUUUGUUACUGUUAUUUAUGCUCAAAAUUCUAUUUAUAUACUCUUGAAGGUGGGUUUUUUAGUUGUAAGAAAUUUUGUGAAGUUUUGUAAUCAUGAAAUUUUAGCAAAAGAUAGCUUUUUAAAUUUCUGUGCAUUAUCAAUAGUGUAAUGUGUACAUUUGCAAUAAAAAAAAAAUCAUCUUCAACACAGAA